AUGGCUAUUUCCGACAUGCUCAAUCGCCGAGUGCGAGCUCGGCCAGAUGAAGAUGAGUAUUCCGAGGCAUCAGGUUCCGAUGAGGGCUCACAGGCUGGCUCUGAUGCCGAAUCCAACGGUUCCAUCCAAUCACAGUCAGUUGCUUCCGACUCCGAAGAUGUAGGCACAGACUCCGAGUCCGAAGCUGGCGACUCAGACAAAGAAGAAGAACCUGAAUCCGACGACGACGUUGACGACGACAACGACGACUUCAAAGCCUCACUAGCAGACAUCUCCUUCGGCGCCCUCGCUAAAGCCCAAGCCUCAAUGCGCGAAAAGAACCGCAACAAGCGCACACCGAAAGAUGACACAGCAUCAACAGUCGACGAAAUCCGCACGAAGCUGCGCGAGGCACGCGAACAAAAGCUCGAAGCAGCUGCCAAAUCCAAAUCGAAAGAAAAGAAAAGCAGAUCAUCCAAGCACGCGCCCAUGGAGCAAUCGUCCAAACGGGCCGUGACGCGCAAACGCACAGCAGUUGAACUGCCCCCCCGCGCCACGGUCCCGGGAUCCCCGCUUCGAUGCGGCCGUGAUGGGUCACAGUGGAGUCGGGAAGCACCCGCAUGGCGGUACCGGGCGUCUGAGCUUAAUGAUCUGAAGGAGCAGAUGAGGAAGACGAAGAAUCCUCAGCAGAAGGAGAAGCUUAAGGGGGAGAUUCGACGGGCGCAGGACAAAAUGCGGUCUGCGCAAAAUAAGAAGCGUGAGGCGGAGGUGCAGGCUGAGCAUAAAAAGCGUGAAAAGCAGUUGAUUCGGGAGGGCAAGAAGGCCAACCCAUACUAUCUUAAGAACUCGGACUUGAAGAAGCAGGUUCUUGAGCGCAAGUAUGAGGAGAUGGGAUCGCGGGAGCGUGCAAAGGCACUUGAGAGGAGACGCAAGAAGAUGACUUCCAAGGAGCGGAAGGAGAUGCCUUGGGAGAGGAGAGGGGCUGAGGGUGGUGGUGAUGGGGGUAUGCCUAAUGGGGGAAAGAGGAGGAGAUUGGAGUAG